UUGACUGAGCUGCCCCGUAGGAGCCCCAUUCCCGUUCUUCUUCCAAAACAGUCCAGGUCCCACACCGGAGGUACGCUAGGGUUCCACCUGAGCUCUUCCUUCUUCCCCUUCUGCUCGUCUCCCCAUUUGAUUCCUCGCCGCCUGUGGCUUCUUCCCCGUUGUCAUGGAGUCGGGCAAAGGUCCUGUGGUCGCGGACGAUUAAGCGAUUUGCUCGCUGCAGCCAGGCGUGCAAGGGUCGUUGCUCGCAAAGCCGCCUUCGUUGCUAGUGCGACGGCUUUGGAGAUGAUUGUUCAAGCUGAGAAGGCGAACACCGAGGCUGCCAAGAAAGCUCCUAGACCUCUGCGUCGUGAUGCAUAUUUCUUAUAUCAGUGAUGGCUAAUGGGUCGUAGGAGGAGCAGAAAUAUUUAUGUCUCCAAUGAUCCUGUGGCGGUGGACCAAAUGUACUGCUGAAUGCUUCAGGCGCAGGAAGCCUUUUCACUGUGAAGUUGCUUGCCCCUACUCUAAGAUCGCCGCUUCUGUUCAGUGUGAUGACUCAAGUGGUGAUGAAAAGCUGAACUUUGCUCCUGAUAAUGAGCCUAUCCAGAAAUGGCACCGGUCUUUGAGCUCUGACAGUGUUGUGCAGACACUCCGCUGUUUAAGGAGGAAACCUGCAGUUGCAUUCACCUACUUUAAAGAUACACAUAGCCUUGGUUUUCACCAUGACUUCUCAACCUACUCAGAGAUCAUACAAAUUUUGUCCCAUUCAUUCCAGGGGAAGAUGCUGGUAUCCUUGUUUCGUGAGAUUCUCUUGGGAACUGGUAGUGGUGGCCCUGAAAUCUUACCGCUCAUUGAUCACUUGAGAAAAACAUGUGCCACUUCUCACGUACUCUCGUAUGCAGUCAAUUGCUUAAUCAAGGCAUACACCACCUGCCACGAUGCACAAGAAACAGUAGAGAUGUUUUGUUGCCUUUGCAGGCUUGGAUUUGUUCCAACACUUUGGGCUCGCAACUUUCUGCUCAAAUUUGUAUCUCAGAGCAGUGGUGAUUCACAUAUGGUUGUCGCAGCUUAUGAUCGAAUGAAGUGCUUUCAGUUGACACUGGAUGCUCAAUCAUUGAACAUAGUCACUAGAUCACUUUUUCAAGCAAACAAGGCAGACGAAGCAUUCCAAAUGUGGGUCGGGAUGAUUGAAAUGGGAGUGAAAUUAGAUGUACAUGGAUUCUCAUCAUUUAUAAUUGGCCUUUGUGAUUGUGGAAAGUUUGAUCUAGCUUAUAACAUGGUAAGAAGAUAUGCUGUUCUACAAGAGAUAUCCCAAGAGAGGGUUCCAAUUGAAGCCAUGGCUUAUAAUAUGGUAAUCGAUGGACUAUGCAAAGAAAUGAAACUGAAGGAGGCUGAAAAGGUCUUGGAGAUCAAGACCAGACAUGGAUCUGCCCCUGAUCUAUAUAGCUAUAGCUAUCUCAUUCAUAGUCAUUGCAAAAUGGGUAACCUAGAGAAGGCAUGGUAUCAUGUUGAAGACAUGGUAUCCCAUGGCAUUGAGAUAAAUUGUUACAUUGUUGCUUACCUUCUACAGUGCCUCAGGAAGUUAGGCAUGGUAUCUGAAGUAAUUGUGCACUUCCAGAAAUUUAGAGAUUUAGGGGUCCAUCUUGAUGGCGUGCUUUAUAACAUUGCUAUGGAUGCUUAUUGCAAGCUUGGGAACAUGAAUGAGGCAGUUAAGCUACUGAAUGAAAUGAUGGCUGGAAGUUUGGUACCAGACAAAAUCCACUAUACAUGCCUGAUCAAUGGUUAUUGUCUGAAAGGAGAAACAGAAAAUGCCUGGCAAGUAUUUGAGGAGAUGCUGAAGGCAAAUAUAAAACCAGAUGUAGUUACAUAUAACAUAUUGGCCAGUGGAUAUAGCAGGAAUGGCCUUGUUAUGAAGGUAUUUGACAUUCUAGAGCACAUGAUGGAUCAAGGGCUCGAACCUAAUUCACUCACCUAUGGUAUAGCUAUUGCUGGUUUUUGUAGAGGAGGCAACUUGAGCGAAGCAGAGGUGCUGUUUAAUAUAGUAGAAGAAAGAGGGAUAGAUAAUAUCAAUGUGCUGUACGGUUCUAUGGUUUGUGGUUAUUUGCACUCAGGCUGGACUGACCAUGCUUACAUGCUUUUUCUUAGAGUUGCUAAACAAGGAAAUAUGGUGGAUCGUUUGUCAUGUUCAAAAUUGAUAAACGGACUCUGUAGGGAUGAAAAGGUUGGAGAGGCUUCAACUGUAUGUAAAAUGAUGCUUGAAAAGAAUGUUGUCCCUGAUGUAAUUUCAUAUAGCAAACUUAUAUCAGCUUAUUGUCAGACAAGAGAUAUGCACAAUGCUCGCUUAUGGUUCCAUGAUAUGGUUGAACGAGGACUUUCUGAUGUUAUUGUAUACACUGUACUGAUGAAUGGUUAUUGCAAGGUUGGUCGGUUGCAAGAAGCAUGUGAAUUAUUUGUCCAAAUGAUAAAUUUAGGAAUCAAGCCUGAUGUAGUUGCAUACACAGUGCUAUUGGAUGGCCACCUAAAGGAGACCCUACAACAAGGGUGGCAGGGCAUCGCUAAGGAAAGGAGGACCUUUUUUCUUAGGACAAAGCAUAAGGUGUUGCUGAACUCUAUGAAAGAUAUGGAAAUCGAACCUGAUGUAACCUGUUACACAGUAUUGAUUGAUGGACGGUGCAAAGCAGAAUAUCUAGAGGAAGCACGAGGAUUGUUUGAUGAGAUGUUAGCAAAAGGACUUAUCCCUGAUGUUCACACAUACACAGCUCUUAUAAAUGGAUACUGUAGCCAGGGAGAAAUAGCUAAGGCUGAAGAUCUUUUCCAAGAAAUGAUAGCUAAGGGAAUGAAGCCAGAUGUACUGAGCUUUUCAGUAUUACAUAAGAGAACCUUGAGACAUGAAAAGGCUCAUUAAUAUUUAUGUGUACUAAUGGUUAUGUUGAUGAAUGUCAGUUUGACUGAAGGUGAAGGGGCGUCCUGCCAACAAAAGGGAAGGCGAACACCUGGAUUGAAAGACUGCUCUCUCAGUUCAGCAUUGGGUCGUCAAGGAGAACAAAAUGAUGGUACCUUCAGCGUGAGGAUCGAUGACUGUCAAUGGAGCUGUGCAAACACAAUCGUGGCAAAGCUGGCUGUGGCACUGGCGCCUAUGCCAUUUAUGAGGGUUUUGCUUGACCGUUUUGUGGCUGCAACUAGUGGUGUGUUCCCAGACAACCAAGAGCUACAAGACAGAGGUAAGCUCUCGGGUUCCGUCCUGGGGCAAUGGGGAGCUGUUGAUGAUCCUGAGUCCAUGCUGCACCACAUCCAUUGGGCAGUAAUGAGGUGAUUCCAAUCGUUAAGAGUCAAGCAUAAUGUUGUGUGAUAGAUCUAUUUGCGGUGUUUGACAUCGAGGCUGGGGAAGUUGGAAAAUGGACACAGAUCGCAGAGCUCGGUUAAACAAUCUCCAUGUCUGCAUUAUACUGAUGACUGGAAUGAGGGUGUGUCCAAGGAGGAGCUGGACUCUGAGAUCCCACCUGGCGAGGAGUCGAUAUACGGAUACAUAAUGGGAAUGGCAGAUACAUGUAGUCUGUAGAAUCCAUCAGGAUUUCCCCUUGAUAGGUCUCAGGUUUCACUCUAAUAUUGUGCAUUGUCCCUCAAGAUGUUAAUACAGCAAUUUCUUGUUUAGUGCUCAUAACAUUACUCCAGUCUCCAGGCGUAGUGCUUGGUGUAGAGACAUAAAACAGAUAAUGCAGCACCAGUUUGUGGCUUCAAAUUCCGAAACAACAGCUUUGUGGAAGACAGAAAAGAACACUAGUUUUUGGCGAA